CCGGCCACCCCCACCAAGGCUGGCGCUGGCGCCAGCAAGAAGUGAGCACACCACAAUCUGCCCGACUGGCGCGGCGCGUACAUCCGCGUCUCUGACACUUGCAGCAGGACCCCCGCCACGCCGAAGACCCCCUCCAAGCGUGCGGCGCCCCCCUCCUCCUCCUCCUCCUCUUCGGAGGAUGAGGAGGAGGAGGGCGCCCUGAGAGAGCAGCCCUGCCUGGGUUGCCUGAAGUCCGCCAUGCGCGGCAAGAGCUCUGGGGAGUGCCGGGAGGCCCCCGGCAAAGCGGCCCGGUGCGCGCGCUGUGCGCGCGGCAAGAAGUGUCGCUCCAUCCCCGCGAGUGUGCUCCCCGCCGCCAAGCACUUCCUGGCCCUGAUGCAGGGGCGCCAGGAGCCCAAGGCCAAUCUCGACCAGAAGACGCUGCGCGCCACCCUGCGCGCCCUCCUCGCCAUGGAGGGCGAGGACGCCGACGCCGAGGAUGACGACGACGAUGACGACGAGCGCGCGCCCGCGCCCGCCAAGGGCAAGGGCAAGGGCAAGGCAAAGGCGGCCGCGCCCACCAAGAAGUCCAAGAAGGCCAAGAAGGCCAAGAAGGAGGAGAGCGAGGAGGAGGACGAGGAUGAGGACGAGAGCGAGGAGGAGGCUGCUCCGGGCUUUGACCCGGAGGCGCUGGCGCGUGGUGUGGCGGCGGCGGUGCUGGCCGCCAUGACUCCCAAGAAGAAGAAGGGUGGCAAGUAGUUCCGCGUUGUUGUUUGUUGUUUCGCGGGUGCGGGCACCCCCCA